UAGUCCAAACCCUAGCUUUACCGAGACGAAAACGUACGUUCUGACGUGUCGGGGUCUCACUGGGCCUGAGUUGUCGACGACUCGGAGAGUCGCAGGCGCGAAGUUUCCUGGCCUGGAAGAGGGGUCGCCCAGAGUGCGAGAUGCAAGUGGGGAAGCCCAUCCUCUAUUCCUAUUUCCGAAGCUCCUGCUCAUGGAGAGUUCGAAUCGCUCUGGCCUUGAAAAACAUGGACUAUGAGAUGAUAACCAUCAACCUCACAAAGGAUGGGGGGCAGCAGUUCUCUGAAGAAUUCCAGGCCCUGAAUCCCAUGAAGCAGGUGCCAGCCCUGAAGAUUGACGGAAUCACCAUUGGCCAGUCACUGGCCAUCAUUGAGUACCUGGAGGAAACCCGGCCCACGCCGCGACUCCUGCCUCAGGACCCAAAGAAGAGGGCCCACGUGCGCAUGAUUUCCCACCUCCUGGCCAGCGGCAUCCAGCCCCUGCAGAACCUGUCUGUCCUGAAGCAAGUGGGACAGGAGAACCAGCUGACCUGGGCCCAGCAGGCCAUCAGUUCUGGCUUUAACGCUCUGGAGCAGAUCCUGCAGAGCACAGCGGGCAAGUACUGUGUAGGAGACGAGGUGUCCAUGGCUGAUCUGUGCUUAGCGCCUCAGGUGGCAAAUGCCGACAGGUUCAAGGUGGAUCUCACUCCCUACCCUACCAUCAGCCGUAUCAACAAGUCACUGCUGGCCUUGGAGGCCUUCCAAGUGUCUCACCCCUGCCGGCAGCCAGAUACACCCCCUGAGCUGAGGGCUUAGCUCUCAAACCGUGCCCCACUGGUGCAGGGUCAGGGAGCGGGUGCAGGAGCAGAAGCUGCAUGGGCUGAAGAGGCCUGGAAACGAGCGAGCCUUAACUGGGGAGGCGGAAGACCUGAACUCCUAGCCCUUGAACUUGAACUCUAGCCCUGGAUUUGCCUUCCCACUGAAACUCCUCCUGCCUCAGCCCCUUCAUCUGUCACAUGCGGGCAGAAUGGGGUGGGAGAAUGCCGGGAGGCAGGUAGGCAGGAAGUCUUCAUGACUGUGUCGCGGGCAGUCAUGAAGAUGAAGUGAACGUAGACUAAAACGUAUGGCGAGUUUACCAGAGAGCCAUGAGGAAGUCUGAGCGCCUUUUCCCGUCCCCUCGACUGCACCUGACUCCAAAGAAUGCCCACACUGAAAUCUGAUAAUUAAACUAAAGCCCAGGCCUCCAGGUUGUUCACUUAAAGCUGAGCUGGGUUCCAGAAGGUGAACACUCUUCCUAGCUGGAAUCCCUCUGCAUCUGGACCAGGAGAGAAAGCCAGCCAGCCACUUGCCCACCCUGUGGUUGGCCUGGCCCCUGGGACCUAAGGGCAAGGAAGAGAAAUAAGCCCAAAAGCCUGCCUGAGAAAAUCAGACAAGUUCCAGAAGAGAACAGGUAUAAGAAGCAGGAAAGAAAGCCUCUUGUGACCAGCUGAGUGCCCAGGCCUGGGAGUGGUCCCGUUGUUCACUGCCAUGGCAGCACUGAGGAGACGCUGGCCCUCUCAACCCAGUCCCUCAUCUUCAGGGGCAGCGUCCUCUGGACCAGCCUCAGGAUUAGGUGCUUAGGAUACAUCCACUUGUGAGCGGUCCUGGGAGCUGGAGGCAGGCUCCUCCGUGGGCAGUAUGGACAGCUACUGACCAAGCUAGCAGGAGGCCAGCCGGGUAACGGCUUACCUUGGGCUGCCCUGGAGGGAGCAGGUCCCCAUGCCUGGCAGUGCUCAGCCAGAACCAGGAUCACCUGGGGCAGAGGUACUGUAGGGAGAUGCGGGUCACUUCUGGGAGUGAAACAAGAUGACUUUUAUGUUC